CCACCGAUCGUGUCGCUGAACCUUGGAUCGACGCUGAGUCCGGAGGACAUCAAGGAAGGUGACGACGUCUAUUUCGAGUGUCACAUCAGGGCCAAUCCUCCCUGGUCGAAAUUGACAUGGAUACACGACGUGCAUGCAAUUUCGCCGGAAAAUCUCUUAUGCUCCGUAGCAGAUGCUACCAGGCCACCGUUAACCUGUCUAGCGUUGCCCCGGCAUUCUUCCUCAACUGCGACACGUAUCCAGCAAGAUCUCUCGGCUAAAUGUGAAAGACGAGGCGAACGAGAGAACGGCGAGGGGUUGGAU